UUUUUUAUCUUCAUUUCCAUUACGACUUGCAGACACCCACGACUACAUAUAGCCACGCAGGGAAGAUAUGUUUCUCUGCACCUAACCCUUAAAACCCUAACCCCUCUACGCUUCUUCUUCUUCUUCUCUUGUGAUCCUUUUCUCUGCAAGUGACGAAAAUGGCGUUGUACUCAACAAUCACUGACGCAAUUGCGGCCUAUACGGGAUUAUCUCCGGCGGCUUUCUUCACGAUCUUGGCUCUCAUGAUCGGUGUGUAUCGUUUAGUUUCUGGAAUGUUUGUUGAGCCUGAAGAGUUGAAGCCACAAGAGAGGAGCUUUGUUCCUCCUAUGGAAAUGCCAGUGGUUGCUGAGCCUGUUCAGCUUGGAGAGAUUACAGAGGAGGAAUUGAGGGCUUACGAUGGUUCGGAUCCUAAGAAGCCGUUGCUGAUGGCCAUCAAAGGAAAUAUUUACGAUGUUUCUUUUUCCAGAAUGUUUUAUGGUCCUGGUGGGCCAUAUGCCUUGUUUGCAGGGAGGGAUGCCAGUCGAGCCUUAGCUCUCAUGUCUUUUGACCCGCAAGACCUGACAGGGAACCUUGAAGGUCUGGAACCUGAUGAACUCGAAGUCUUGGAGGACUGGGAAUAUAAAUUCAUGGAGAAAUAUGUCAAGGUUGGGCAGCUUGCUUCCGAGAAAGGUAAGGAGGCUAUUGAUGGAGAUGAAACAGAAGGGAAUCAGGAUCAGGAACUGGAAGGAGAAACAGAGCAGAAUCUCAGACAGGAUCCUGGCGAAGGAGAUAAAAAAGGAGGGAAUCAGGAUCAGGAACCCAAAAGAGAAAUGGAGGAGAAUCUCGACCAAGAUUCUAGGAAUGGAGAUGGAACAAAAGGAAAUGGGGAGCCAGAACCCAAGAGAGAAACAGACUCUCUCAUCCAAUAUCUUAAGAUUGGAGAUGAAACAGAAGAGAAUCAGGAACCAAAAAGAGAGACAGAGACUCUCAUCCGAGAUCUUAAGAUUGGAGAUGAAACAGAAGAGAAUCAGGAACCAAAAAGAGAAACAGUGAAGGAGCGCAACCAAAAUUUAAACAGCAGAGUUGAAGAAACAGCAACAGUGUAGAUAUGAAUGUAUGAAUAAGACAUAGACAGACGACAGGUUUGACUUUGCAAUCGGAAUACAAAGAAAUUGGAGUAUUGUGUUUUUCCCACCACAUAUGCUGAUCGUCUGAAAACUAUAGUGUCUUACACAAUGACAUGUGCUGGGGAUGUAAAUAUUUGUGAAAAAUUGGCAUUGUUGUAAGAAUCUUAAAUCCUUUGAUUAUACUUUUUGAUGUUAGCAGGCUGCAUUGAAAAGGAAAUCAAAGUGGGCUAAAGCAUAACUUUCCUUUAUGGAAA